AUGCCUACCCACACCACCGUCGUCGUCAUGCCCGAGGGUAAGGAGCCUGAGGCCGGUGGCGCUUCCCCCGGUAUGAUCGAUGCCGACGCGGAGAGACGGCUUGUCCGCAAGAUUGACCUCCGAGUUUGGCCUAUUCUCUUCGUCGUCUACAUGAUGUCUUUCCUCGAUCGUAUCAACAUAAGCAACGCCCGAAUCCAGGGUAUGACCGAGGAACUUGGUCUGUAUGGUGACAGAUUCAACGUUGCUCUUUUCGUGUAUUUCGUCCCAUACAUCCUCUUCGAAGUCCCCAGCAACAUGGUCUUCCGCAAGCUGAACCCAGCGUAUUACCUAUCGUUUCUCAUGUUCAGCUGGUCGAUCAUCAAUAUGUGUAUGGGAUUUGUGACUAGUUAUGAGGGGCUCGUGGUGCUGCGUUUCUUUCUUGGCGCGUUCGAGGCCGGUGUCAUGCCCGGAAUUGUUUACUUGACGUCCAUGUAUUACAAGCGCCACGAGUUUCAGACACGCAUGAGUUUCUUCUUUUGUUCUACUGUGAUCGGUGGUGCCUUUGGAGGGCUUCUUGCGUACGCGAUCGCUUCCCUAGACGGCCAACACCACCUAGCUGGCUGGCGUUGGAUUUUCAUCAUCGAAGGCACCAUCACCACCCUCGUCGCCGUAGUCUCCUUUUUCCUGAUCGCUGACUGGCCCGAGCACUGCCGGUUCCUGACCCCACAAGAGAAACAGCUUCUCCAACUGCGCCUCGCAGACGACAGCGCCGGCUCCGAUUCCGGAUCGGCGGCGCGCAUGGACACACUGAACGCAUACGCAUACCGUCGCAUCCUGACCGACUGGAAGAUCUGGCUCAGCGCCAUCGUUUACAUGGGCGUCGGGAUUACGGGGUACGCGACCACUUUCUUCUUGCCGACGAUCUUGCGCGAGUUUGGCUGGACCGCACGCGCCGCGCAAGUCCACACCAUCCCCGUGUACGCGGCGGCGGCUGUCGGCAUGGUGACCGUGGCGUACUUAUCCGACCGCCUGCGACACCGGUACGCGUUCGUGAUGCUGAGCUGCGUCGUCUGCACCAUCGGCUACGGAAUGCUGCUCGGCCAGGGCCAAGGAAGCGAGGGGUUGUCCAGCGCAGCCAAGUACGGCGCCGUGUUCCUCGUCGCAGUCGGCGGCUUCGUCGGCACCCCGAUUGCCCUCGCCUGGCUCGCCAACAACGUCGCCGGCCACUGGAAACGCUCCUUCUCCUCCGCCAUCCAGGUCGCCCUCGGCAACAUCGCCGGCAUCGUCGCCGCCCUCAUCUUCCGCGAGGACCAGGCCCCCCGCUACCAGACCGGCUACGGCACCUGCGUCGCCAUGGUAUGGCUCGGCGCCGUCGCCGCCACGCUACUGUUCACCGGCAUGCGCAUCGAGAAUAAGCUGCGUGAUGCCGGCAGGAGAGACGACCGUUUGGCCCGUCCUAAGGAGGAGGUGGAUAAUAUGGGAGACUACCAUCCUGCGUUUCGGUUUACGUUGUAG